AACAAACUGCAUACGUGAAGGCAAAGAGAGACAAAACCUCUUGCUUUACUUCAAGCAAUAAACAAACUCAAACUCUCUCUCCCAUUUUCAACUAUAUAUAUACACACACAAUAAUUGCUUGUAUACACAAAAUAUAAGUGUCAUUAUUUAUAACAAGACUUGCAGCAGUGAGCUCACUCUAUAACUAACCUCAUCAUCUCUUCUGUAUAAUCUUUUACUACGUCAGAGCAGCAAAACCCACAAGUUUAUUUGCUGGGCCAGCUCAUUUCCAGAGCUUAAAUAGGCUGCAGGCCUACAGCAGCAACAGCGAAUAGACUGAGAAGGAGAUGGAGUCAAGGCAUUCCCUUUAUCACGUACUGCUUUUAAUUUUGUGCGGUCUGUCUGCCCUGUGUCAAUGUUCGGCUACUGGGGUUGAAGCGAACCAGACAGCAGUAUUGUUUGUGAAUGCAUCUGAAGCAUCAGCAAGGAAAAUACCUGAUACUCUUUUUGGUAUAUUCUUUGAGGAGAUCAAUCAUGCUGGAGCUGGUGGAUUGUGGGCUGAGCUUGUCAGCAACAGAGGUUUUGAAGCUGGAGGCCCAAAUGUACCUUCGAAUAUUGAUCCUUGGUCUAUCAUCGGGGAUGAGUCCUCAGUGAUUGUCUCGACAGAUCGUUCAUCAUGCUUUGAUCGGAAUAAAAUUGCACUUCGAAUGCAGGUGCUCUGUGACCAUAGAGGCACCAAUAUCUGCCCAGAUGGAGGAGUUGGUAUCUACAACCCUGGAUUUUGGGGCAUGAAUAUUGAGCAGGGAAAGAGUUAUAAACUAGUGCUUUAUGUUCGUUCGCAAGAAUCAAUCAAUGUAUCUGUCGCUUUAACUGGUUCAAAUGGAUUGCAAAAGUUGGCUACUUCCAACAUAGUAACUGCCGAUGUUUCAAGUUGGACAAAAGUGGAAAUUCUGUUAGAAGCAAAAGGAUCAGAUCCCAAUUCAAGACUCGAAUUGAGAUCAACUACAAAAGGUGUUAUAUGGUUUGAUCAAGUGUCAUUGAUGCCUAUGGACACAUAUAAGGGCCAUGGCUUCAGGAAAGAUCUUUUUGGAAUGCUUAAAGAUUUGAAACCAGCAUUCAUUAGAUUUCCAGGUGGAUGUUUUGUUGAAGGUGACUAUUUAAGAAAUGCAUUUAGGUGGAAAGAAACCAUUGGACAAUGGGAAGAGAGGCCGGGGCACUUUGGUGAUGUUUGGAAUUACUGGACUGAUGAUGGGCUUGGCCAUUUUGAGUUCCUGCAGCUUGCCGAGGACUUAGGUGCACGGCCAGUGUGGGUUUUCAACAACGGAGUCAGCCACCAUGAUGAAGUUGACACUUCCGCUAUUUUACCUUUUGUGCAAGAAAUCUUAGAUGGUCUUGAGUUUGCAAGAGGUGAUCCUACCUCAACAUGGGGUUCUGUGCGAGCCAAAAUGGGACAUCCGGAGCCCUUUGAUUUGAAAUAUGUGGCGAUUGGAAAUGAGGAUUGUGGAAAGUCAAAAUACCGUGGAAAUUACCUCAAGUUCUAUUCAUCCAUCAAAGAUGCAUACCCAGAUAUUAGGAUAAUCUCAAACUGUGAUGGUUCUUCCAGUCCACUGGAUCACCCAGCUGAUUUAUAUGAUUUUCAUAUUUAUAGCAGCGCAAGUUCUGUAUUUUCUAAUGCUCGCCAUUUUGAUAGUACACGUCGCAGUGGACCAAAGGCUUUUAUAAGUGAGUAUGCUGUGACUGGAAAUGAUGCUGGUAAAGGUAGUCUUUUAGCAGCAUUGGCUGAAGCUGGAUUCCUCAUUGGGGUAGAAAAGAACAGCGAAGCAAUUGAAAUGGCAAGUUAUGCACCCCUAUUUGUUAAUGACAAUGACAGGAGGUGGAAUCCAGACGCAAUUGUGUUCACCUCUUCACAAAUGUAUGGAACCCCUAGUUAUUGGAUGCAGCAUUUCUUCAAAGAGUCAAAUGGCGCAACUCUUCUGAGUUCAUCACUGCAAGCUAAUCCUUCAAAUUCACUUAUAGCAUCUGCCAUCACUUGGCGAAAUUCAGUUGAUAACAACGAGUAUUUGAGAAUAAAGGUCGUGAACUUCGGGACCAUCACCGUUACUCUUAAAAUCUCUAUCAGCGGAUUGGAUCAGAACUCUUUAGAGUCAUCUGGAGCUAUAAAAACUACAUUAACAUCCACCAAUGUGAUGGAUGAAAAUUCCUUCAAAGAACCUAAUAAGGUAUCGCCUGUUAAAGCGAUGCUUGAAAAAGUUAGCGAGAGCAUGGAUGUUGUACUGUCUCCACGUUCCCUCACUUCAUUUGACUUGUUAAGAAAAUCAAUCAGCAGUAGUGUUGAUACUGAUUCUGUUCUUAAAUCUUCAUACUAAGAUUAUGAAUGUGUGGUUAUAAAUCUAUAAUAUGAAUUUCAUAUUCAUGCAGUUAGUUCUUUAUAUGUCCUAUUUCUUUUGCUGUUC